UCUUUUCCUUGUCAUUCUCUGCACAUAAAUAUCUGGCUCAUAUAUUUUCUAUAUAAGUUUAUGGGUCUAGACUUUGCACUAAGCGUCAUCUCCUUUCGUCAACGUCGCUUCUUGAUAUACACGUUUCGCAGAGGAACAACAACGACUCAGUACAAUCAACCUCAUUGAACUAUGCAUUUUUGUGAUACAUCAAGUGUAGGUAGUUAAUCAAAUUUUGGACCAAAUAGGAGAGCCAAGUCUUAUGACCUUGACAAGUAGCAGCAAGACUUGAACGCUAAUAUUUAAAAAAAUAAUAAUAUAAUUAUAAAUAAACAAAACAAAUAUCUGCUAUUAUAUGGUGGAGGUUUUCAUUGUUUUUGGGAUAAAAACCAAAUAAAAAGUGAUAACUACUGCAAAACGCGUUUUACUUAAAAACACACUCUCAAUGACUUUUCCUUCUCCUUAUCUCUCUGUACACAUCUCUAUGGCUCCUAUAAUUUCUACUAUAAAUUUAUGGAUCUAGACUUUGCACUCUGAGUCAUCUCCUUUAGUCUACGUCGUCUCCUGUACUUGAGCUACACGUUUCGCAGGAGAUCAGAAACCCUAGAGAAGAAACAACAAUGAGUCAGUACAAUCAACCUCCCGUUGGUGUUCCUCCUCCUCAAGGUUAUCCACCGGAGGGGUAUCCACCGCAGGGAUAUCCACCGCAAGGUUACCCACAGCAGGGCUAUCCUCCUCCGUAUGCGCCGCCAUAUCCUCCACCACAGCAGCAGCCGCAACAACAAAGCAGUACUGCUGGGUGUCUAGAAGGAUGUCUUGCUGCUCUCUGCUGUUGCUGGCUAUUCGAAUGUUGCGCAGAGCUGAUACUUUAACUGCAAGAGAGUGUUUGCAACACAAGAAACUUUGUUAAAAUAAUUUGCUGGAUACAAUCUCUUGUCUGUUAUAUUUCCUUUAUGCUAUUUUGUUCUUCGGUUUAUAAAACGAAAUUAUUGUCUAUGGACGUUCUAGCUCGGUUUGGAUUAGAGACUAAUGGGAGUAUAUAUAGUGACAUUUCCUUUGCCUCACUCAGUCUAUUACUUUCUCUCUUUGCUCAUAUUUCAUAUGAAAAUUGGAGUUUCUUGGGCUCUACGAGUUUGAUCUGACGAACAUGAACUUGUAAAUCAGAUUAUUCACCUCUGACUGAUCACUUACGCCAAACACAAAUUAAUGAACAGAGCUUAGUCAAGAAACAAAAUCCUUUUAGUUUAUUUGCAGUUGUUCUAAGAGUGUUUUCAGCUCGUAUAUGAAAAAAUAAAACAUGGAAGCCUUCUGAUUUCUUGAUUUCAUGCUCAUAUAUGUUCUCCUGAUUUUAAGAAAAAAAAAGGUUUCCAUGCUCCAUCAGGCUCAAGGACGAGUGCUUAAGCAAGAGAAAUCAGGUAAGAAUAGGUUCAGUUGAAGUACUUGUUCAUAAAUAUCAACGCAACAGCUUCAUGGAAUGUAUAUAACAUACAUACUUUCAGAACAGCCUACAUUAAAGAUAUGGAUAUAAUCAGGCAUCAUAGGUUUAAAUCCACAUGGUGAAGAAUGAUCAUAAGUGUUAAAUAGUUGAUAGUUCUUAUGUGUGUGUAUUUCUCUAAUUAUGACGUACUGGUAUCAAUAUCUUAUGGGUUUUAUGCAUUACUUUUUAUUCAAACAGAUGUUAAUGUGUUGACUAGUGAAAAUGAGUUUCCCACUUUGAUAGGUAAACUAUUUAAUCUGGGAAAACAAAACACUGUCAUUAGAGAGAAUAAAUAAGAGUAUAAUUAUUUCAUGUGU